AUGAUAGACGAUUUUGAUCAUGUGAUGAUAGAACAUCUUAGAAGAUAUAGAGAGGGUAUAUCUCGUUCCCAUUAUCUCAGCAACAGAAUUCAGAAUGAGUUAAUAGCUUUGUUAGCUAAUGAAGUAAAAGCUAUGAUUGUCAAGAAAAUCCAAGCUGCAAAGUACUUCUCUUUGAUUCUUGAUUGCACUCCAGAUAUUAGUCAUCAUGAACAAAUGACUGUCAUCAUUAGGUGUGUAGAUGUUUCAACAACUUCAACAAAGGUCAAAGAAUUUUUCUUAACGUUCUUGAAAGUUGAUGAUACAUCAGGUGAAGAACUUUUUCGUGAGCUUCAAGAUGUUUUGACUGCUUUUGAUUUAAAAAUUAACAAUGUGAGGGGACAAGGUUAUGAUAAUGGCUCUAAUAUGAAGGGAAAGCAUAAGGGAGUACAAAAAAGAUUUCUUGAGAUAAGUCCUAGGACGUUUUAUACACCAUGUAGUUGUCACAGUUUGAAUCUUGCACUUUGUGAUAUGGCAACCACUUCUUCAAAGGCUAUAUCAUUUUUGGGGAUUAUUCAUUGUACUUAUUGCUUCUUUUCAUCUUCAGUUAAGCGAUGGAAACUAUUUGAGGAUCAUGUGGGUGGCCUAACUCUUAAGCCUUUAUCACAGACUCAUUGGGAGAGCCAUGUUGAAAGUGUAAAGGCAAUACGAUUUCAGGCUUCUAAAAUCAUGAAUGCGUUAAUGUACAUAGCUGAAAAUAGUGAUGAUCCGAAAGAGCAGAGCGACGCUGAAUGUCUUGCAACAAGUGAAACACAGGGAAUUGGAAGUUUUGAGUUCCUAGUUUCCAUGGUUAUUUGGUACAAUCUUCUAUCUGUUGUUAACAUCAUGACUAAGAGUUUACAGUCAGAAGACAUGAACAUCGAUGUAGCGAUUUCUCAACUCAAGGGGUUGGUUUCAUAUUUUAGAAAAUAUAGAGAGUCAGGCUUCAAGAAAGCAAAAGUGGAAGCUAAAGAAAUUGUAGUUCCUUUGGAGAUUGAUCCUAUAUUUGCCAGAAAAGCAAAGCGGGUGAUUAAAAGAAAAAGACAUUAUGGCGAAGAAUCAGAAAAUAUGGAGGGAAGUGUGAUAUUAUCACCCGAGGAGAGCUUUAGGAUUGACUACUUUAUCCAAAUCAUGGAUCAAGCUCUUUACCCACUUGAGACAAGGUUUGAGCAAUUUCAGAGGUAUGAAUAA